AUGCUCAGAGGAUAUCUUAUACACGUUUGUGGAAUGUUUAAAAUUGCCAGUUAUCGUAUCGAGCAAGCAUUCAAAUAUUCAAUCAAAAUAUUCGACAGCAUCGAGAACGAGAUUAUGAUAUACAAAGAAAUAAUUUGCGCUGUCGAUAUUCAUUGUAAAGCUAUAAAGUAUUCCGAAUUUCUAUUAUCUAGUUUUGAAGGAUCCUUUUUAGCAUUAACAGUGAUUAGUGUAAUUUGUUUGAGUCUCAAUCUUUUUGCAAUUUUUCACAGUGUGUCCAUUGGAAACAAAGAAGAAUUCUUAUUUCAUCUUUUGAUUGUGUUGGCUAUUUUUGUGUAUAUGUUUAUAGCUAACUAUACAGGACAAGAAAUUAUGGAUCACAAUAAUUAUAUAUACAUUACAGCAUACAAUGUUCGAUGGUAUGUAGCUCCAGUGUACACUCAGAAGUUGAUACUUUUUAUAUUACAAAGAAGUGGCAAAGCAGUUGCUGUGAAUUUUGGCAAUAUAAUUGUGGUAUCUUUAGAGUGUUUUGCCAUGUUAUUAAAAGCAUCGAUGUCUUAUUUCACGUUCAUGUAUUCUACACAGCAUUGA